GUGGGAUUUGUCAGACUCACGCUUCAGCGGACGGCGCGCAGGCUAAGCUAAACUGUGGAGGAAGAUGGUAGACAGUAAUGGCGGUGACGGUGAGGCGAGCAGCGUGAAGUGCUGAUGCAUUGCAUUCAUCAAAGUAUACGUCUGGCAGGACAACAGCAGAAAACGACAAUGAAGUCAACGUAGGACUCCUUCAGUAACAGUCAAUUCCAAGCUACAACAUCGUUACGGGAGAGUUUUGUUGUUGCCAAAGGAGGGGAGAGAAGCUCACCGGGAGCAUGGCUUCCCACAGUAAUCAGUACAUCUUUGGGGAAUUCAGCCCUGAUGAGAUCAAUCAGUUUUUUGUGACUCCACGGUGUUAUGUUGAGCUUCCUCCAUUCAAUGACAAAGUUCCUUGCGUCAGUCAGUCUUCUGGAAGUUACUGCACUCCUGCUGUACCUUAUAUUAUGGAGUCUAUGGGACUGCAGGUUUGUGCAGAAGACUUCCAGCGCAUUGAGUUUGGUGUUGAUGAGGUGAUGGAUUCCAAGCCUCUUGGAGUGAAUGACCCUUUAUAUAAAGUGUCAAGCACUCUGAAUCCUCAGGCUCCGGAGUUCAUCUUGGGCUGCCAGUCCCCUCAGAAAGCCCAACACACUCUUCCUUCAGAAUCUGACAGGCCUGAUGGGCCCCAAUUUGAUUCGUUGGAUGGCCCAGACUUGGAGGGAACAAACCUGGACAAUCACCAGACAUGCCAGGACAUGGACGGACAUCCUGGUAGCUUGGGACAGCGGGAGAGAAAAAAAAAGAAAAAGCGACCACCAGGAUAUUAUAACUACCUUGACCCAUCAACUUGCCCUAACAACAUUAGUACAUUAGAUGGGACACCACUGACAGCUUUGGUCAAUGGACAUGCAGUAAGUGGUCCUCACAAUGAUGUCGAGGAUGUGGAUUGUAAAGAACUCUCAGAGGUAGAACCUUCCAGCUCUACAUCUGUUUCAACCACAUCGACAGCUGUCGUGGCUGCAGCUAAGGUCACCCCACCAGCCACUGCCAAUCAGAGGACUUGCGAUAGCCCUGAUGACUCUUUUUUGGACUUAACAAGUGUGGCUGCAUCUUUACCUGUGGCAAACAAUGCAAAUACCUUAUGUUCAUCUUCCUCUCAAUGCAGAGGGAUGACAGAAGGACCAAGGACUGCAGAUCAGCAGCCAGACCACUUGGCUCCACAGAGCCCUGAACUUAAAGAUACACCACACAGCCCCUGCUCCAAAUCACCACUUCCUCCUUCAGAUUCUGUGGCCACCACCUCCUUGGCCACUUCUAUUUUGACUACUGAGCUGCAGCAGAGCGAGGUAGCACAGAGUGUGGUGGCCAACGGACUAGCAGAAUCAGAAACUCCCACUAUUGCAGAUGAACGUAAUAAAGAAGAUUUAGAGGGCGAGGAGCAGGUUCAGUUGGUCUCCUCAGACUCCACUGGUCAGCCACUAGUUACAGAUCAAGCCCAUUCACCUGCAGUUCUUGCUGCACCUUCUGCCAACCUCCCCAAGUCCUGGGCCAGUCUCUUCCACAACUCCAAGCCUCUUCCUGGUGGCCCUCCCGCCUUUGUGGAGGUUAAGAAUGUUGUAGACGUUGUGUCACCUGUUCCCUCUGCUCCAGAGCAGCCUGAGAAAGUUGGGGAGGUUAAAGAUGGACCUGUCCAUGUGUCAGAGGAUCCCAUGGCUCCUAAACUUGCAGAACUUAUUGAGAAUGUGAAGUUGAUACAUAAACCAGUAUCUUUGCAGCCAAGAGGACUGAUAAACAAGGGAAACUGGUGCUACAUAAAUGCUACCCUACAGGCUUUGAUUGCAUGUCCUCCCAUGUAUCACCUGAUGAAGUCAAUUCCUUUGUACGAUGAAACACAGAGGUCGUGCACCUCCACACCAAUGAUGGACAAUUUUGUGAAGCUGGUGAAUGAGUUCAGCACCAUGCCCGUGCCGUCUAAGGUCAAACAGCAAGGUGCUGGUGAUAAGGUGGUGAAAGACAUCAGGCCUGGUGUUCCUUUUGAGCCAACUUAUAUUUACAGACUCCUCACACUCAUCAAGUCAAGUCUCUCUGAGAAGGGCCGACAGGAGGAUGCAGAGGAGUAUCUUGGCUUCACUCUCAAUGGACUUCACGAAGAGAUGCUGGCUUUGAAGAAACUUAUCUCACCUCAGGAAGAGAAAGCUUCAAUGCCUAAUGGUCCAGAUUCCAACUUUACUGCUCCAGAGAAUGUUGCUGAAGGGGAGGAAGAAGGAAGUGAGGAUGAGUGGGAGCAGGUGGGCCCUCGAAACAAGACGUCCAUCACUCGUCAAGCUGACUUUGUCCGCACACCCAUCACUGACAUCUUUGGCGGUCACAUCAGAUCGGUGGUGUAUCAACAAAACUCUAAAGAGUCGGCCACUCUGCAGCCUUUCUUCACCUUGCAGCUGGACAUCCAGUCAGACAAGAUACGCACUGUCCAGGACGCUCUGGAGACUCUGGUGGCACGGGAGUCCGUCCAGGGCUACACUUCUAAAACCAAGCAGGAGAUUGAGAUCAGUCGGAGAGUGACACUGGAGGAACUUCCUCCUGUGCUGGUCCUUCACCUCAAGCGGUUUGUGUUUGAAAAAACUGGAGGAUGUCAGAAACUCACCAAGAACGUUGAUUACCCUGUUGACCUGGAGAUCAGCAAAGAUCUCUUGUCCUCUGGAGUAAGGAGCAAAGUUGUGAAAGGCCAAAGAACUUACAGACUCUUUGCAGUUGUCUAUCACCAUGGAAACAGUGCAACAGGCGGUCAUUACACCACGGAUGUCUUCCAUAUUGGUCUUAACGGCUGGCUGCGCAUUGAUGACCAGGCAGUGAAGGUCAUCAACCAGUACCAGGUGGUGAAGCAGACUGCAGAGCGCACCGCCUACCUGCUGUACUACCGCCGCGUCGACCUGCUGUAGACACAUGCCCCGCCCCCCCCCACACACACACACACACACACUCACUCAUACCACAAAGUCAGAAAUAUACACACACACACACACACACACACACAAACCCAUCAAACUGAACAUGCUCUCACUUAUAGUUCCCAUCCAUACAACACAGACACCAAACCAAUAAACAGAAACACUGCCUGAUUUGUCCACAUGCAAGAUUUUCCUCUUCCUCCCUACUGACCCAGCUCUACUUGGAACCAGCUUUUCCAGCUCCUCUUUUUUUGUUUCUUUUUGGAGGAAGAGAAUCAAGCUGCACUCACAAGGAUCAACCUGUGACUGCUCUUUUCUGUGCACCACUGCUGUUGUUGUUUUUUUGUUUUUUUUUUUGCUGUUUUCUUAUACUUCAUAAAGUGUCACGGAAGGACUGAUGAAAAGACGAGGCUUGAGCUGAAGUGAGUGGUUAAAACCCUUAAAGAACCUUACCUGACUGGUCCCUCAGCUCUGAUAGCAAGCGGUGGGCGACACAUGGACAAGAAGAGCUCUCUCUAUUACAAGCUGCUGGGUAAUUACUUGUUUGGAUGACCUUUUAUACGGAGGUGAGCCAGAAAUAUCAGUGUUUGUUUUUAAGGAAUUUAAAGGAUUCCCGUCGGCCUGAAGAAUCUGCUGCAGUUUUAAAAGCCUCUUUGAGUUUGCCCCAGUGCAUUUAAAAGGCCCGCCAGCACCAGCAUUAUAAUCACAAGUCUCUUUUUAAGGCCAGAUUAUUUUCUUCAUCACCACCGGCACAAAAAUAUCUUCCAUGUCUUUUCUCCUAACUUUUACUUCAAAACACAGGUACUGGAACAUUACAGAGAUGGGGAAAUGAGAAGCUUCCUUCCAGGAAUCCUCACUAUGGUUCUUGGGUUUAGGUUGGGUAAAUUAAUGCGCUCUAGGAUUAAUUAAUAAAUAUUUCACGCACAAAGUAUCAAAUGAUAUUCAUAAAGAGAUGCAAAAGGCUUUUUAUUCAAACUAAAACUGUCAAAUGUCGCUGACGGAGGUUCCUCUGAGACUGCACUAGCUUUUUGACUCAGUUUCUGCACUGGAGAGACAACAACCUUUCGGAUUCUGCUGCAAACCUGCUCUUGUUUACUCUGUACGUUUUCUUUUGUCUUUUCUUCUUUUUUUGGUUAUCUUGAUCUUGUUUGAAGUUUUCACCUUUGGUAAUGACCGUUUAUAAUUCAAUCACACCUCAGCAGAUAGUCUGAAUAUUGAUUAGGAAAAAAAAAUGUGAAAGUUGAGAAGAAAAGAUCCAGAACGCAGAUAGUUUUCUUCUUUUUUUGAGACAACACACCUGUUCUGCAUCACAUAACUAAUGGGUAGUUUUGCUUUUGUUAAGAUGUUUAAAUCUUUUUUUAUUAUUAUUUAGAAGCAAUGUCAUUUUCCUCCCCUCUGUUUUGUCAUUGACAAUUAUUGGAUGUUCCCGUUGCUCCUGCUCCCUUCCAAGAAAUGCUUGCGUUUGAAUUGGUAAAAAGAAAAUUCACACAGGCUAAAGCACAAAAAUAAAUAAAAUUGAUAUAGUUCUUUGCUUGA